AUGCGUUCCAGUCAAACGGAUCAAGGCCGCCGCGCAAUCCCCAUUGCAAUUUGCGGCAUGGGCAUGCGACUGCCUGGGGGAAUUCGGGACUCGAAUGCUUUGUAUGAUUUCUUGUUGAACAAGCGGGAUGCUCGAGCACCGGUUCCACAAGAUCGAUUCAAUGUCGACGGCUUCUACAACUCCCACGGGAAACCAGGUAGCCUAUCCAUACAGCAGGGUUACUGGCUAGACGAUAUCGAUUUGUCACAUUUUGACCCGUCCUUGUUCUCGAUGAAUCGGGCAGAGAUCGAAAAUUUGGACCCUCAGCAACGAUUGUUGUUGGAAGUGGUCCGCGAGACAUUCGAGAAUGCUGCCGAGACUGACUGGCGAGGGAAGAAGAUUGGAUGUUAUACAGCCAGCUUCGGGGAGGAAUGGAGCAACCUCCAUGCCAAGGACGUGCAGAACCGAGGAUUCAACGUGGCUACGGGAUAUAUGGACCUCUUUCAAGCAAACCGUAUUUCGUACGAAUACGAUCUGAGGGGGCCCAGCAUGACCCUGCGUGUGGGGUGUUCUGGUAGCGGCUUGGGUAUUCAUCUUGCCUGCCAGUCGAUUCAGCUCGGCGAGUGUUCGUCGGCCAUUGUGGCGGGCUGCAACAUUAUCCUCUCUCCUGAGACGACGAUACUGAUGGCUGAUGGCGGUGCGCUGUCACCGGAUGCUUCUUCCAAAGCAUUUGACGCCAGUGCCAAUGGUUAUGUUCGCGCUGAUGGUAUCAACUGUCUUUACAUCAAGCGCCUGGACGAGGCUAUCCGCGACGGGAACCCGGUUCGGGCUGUAAUUCGAGCAACCAGCACUAAUGUAGCGGGCAAAUCAUCUGGCCUCACGGUUCCCAACAUCGACGCACACGAAGUGCUUAUUCGUGCUGCCUAUCGCAGCGCGGGCUUGGAAGAUCCCGCGCUGACAGCUAUGGUCGAGUGCCAUGGAACAGGCACCGCCUUGGGUGAUGCCAUUGAGGCGGGUGCAGUGGCACGUGUUUUUGGAGACAAGGGAAUACAUAUUGGAUCAGUCAAACCAAAUCUAGGGCAUUCUGAAGGGGCCUCGGCGAUCACCAGUGUGAUGAAAGCCAUUGUCGAAUUGGAAAAUCGCAUGAUCUUGCCGAAUAUCAAGUUUGAAACACCAAACCCCAAGAUUCCCUGGGACGAAGCGCGCCUCACGGUUCCCACUGAGCCAACCAAAUGGCCAGAGGAUCGACUAGAAAGAAUCAGCAUUAACAGCUAUGGAAUCGGUGGAACCAAUGUUCAUGUCGUUCUGGAUUCCGCUGCCUCGUUUGGAUUGACCGAGGCCGAAUCGAUCCCCGAAACGACACCCGGCUCCACACUUUUGUUGCUGUCGGCGGGCCAUCCGGAUUCACUGAAAGAAAUGCAACAGAACUAUCUAGGGUAUGCUGCAAAACAUUCAGAUCGACUCGCCGACCUUGCAUAUACACUGUCACGCCGGCGGGAGCAUCUUCCUGUCCGUGGCUUCUGUAUAACCAAGGGCGAGGAUGAUGACGUCGUCGUCUCGCCUCCUUUUACGAGCCAGUCGCAUAAGAAGGUCGCAUUCGUUUUCACGGGCCAAGGUGCACAAUGGCCUCAAAUGGGCAAGGAGCUGCUUGAAACGUUUCCCGACGUCCUCAACGAUAUCAGGGAGAUGGACAAGGUUUUGCAGCAGCAGGACAGCCCUCCGCAAUGGAAUUUAGAAGAAGAGCUGCUCAAGCCAGCGGAUACCAGUCGGAUGGCCGAAGCAGAAGUCGCACAACCCGUCAGCACGGCUCUCCAACUCGCGCUAUGCAACCUUCUAUCCCGGUGGAACGUCUUACCCGUCGCUACGAUCGGGCACUCCAGCGGAGAGAUCGCCGCCGCGUAUGCCGCAGGAUCUCUCAAUAUGCGCGAUGCCAUUCUACUGGCGUACUAUCGAGGCGCCGCAUCUGGGGCGCAGACGCGUGCCGGUGCCAUGGCGGCCGUGGGGCUCGGCUACGAUGAGGUCGCCAAGUGGCUAAGGUCAGGUGUCGUGAUUGCCUGCGAGAACAGCCCGUCGAGUGUUACCUUGUCAGGAGAUGCAGAUGCAUUGAGAUCUGUGCUGUCAACUCUGCAGGAAGUGCAUCCACAAGUGUUCCAGCGGGUUUUGAAGGUGAACAAGGCCUAUCAUUCACACCACAUGCAAGAGGUGGGACAGCUCUACGACAGCCUCAUCGCAAAUCACCUGAAGACUCGGUCACCAAGGAUUCCAUUCUACUCCACCGUUACUUCCCAGCAGCUGGCUAAAGCGGAAGAUUUUGGACCGCAGUACUGGCGUCAGAAUAUGGAGAGCCCUGUUUGGUUUUAUCAAGGGUUUAACUGCUUGCUCGAUUCAGAAGCUGGCAGAGACGCUAUUUAUCUGGAAAUUGGACCGCAUUCCGCGCUUGCUGGCCCGAUCAAACAGAUCUACAGAGCUCAAAAUGCAUCCAAUCCCUAUGUUUCAGUGCUCACUCGUGGUUCAAAUGGAGUCUUGAGCUUCCUUUCCUGUGUGGGAGAACUGCACUCUCGCGGGGUAACUAUUAGCUAUCCUCUUCCGUCUCUCCGGCCAAAGGCCCUCCAUGACCUGCCACUGUAUCCAUGGCACCACACGGAGAGUCUGUGGUCCGAAUCGCGGCCCAUGCGUGCUUCACGCUUUCGGAAGUUUCCGUCCCACGACUUGCUUGGUGUCCGAACAAUCGAAGGCAGUGAUCUCGAGCCUGUCUGGCGGAACGUCCUUCGUCUGGGCGACGUGUCUUGGCUGCGUGAUCAUUGCGUGGGCCCGGAUAUUGUCUUCCCAGCCGCAGGGUAUAUUGCAUUGGCCGGCCAUGCCGUUUGGCAACUAACGGGACUGAAGGACUUUACCGUGCGAGAGGUGUCGUUCAAGACGGCCAUGGUGCUCGACGAGACGCUUCCCACCGAAAUUAUCACGAGGCUCCAGCCUCACCGACUUACCAACUCUCUGACUUCAACCUUCUUUGAGUUUUCCAUACAGUCUCAUAACGGCUCGACCUGGACUCAGCAUUGCUCGGGGCUAGUGGCAGGGGGCCAGGCUUCCCCCGAACCCAAGCCCACAGUGACCUCUUACCCUAGAGUUGUCGACUCGAAGCGCUGGUACCGCGCAAUGAAUAGAGUUGGUCUGCGAUACGGUCCGCGGUUUACGGGGUUGGAUGGAAUCACAGCAAGCGUUAGAGACAAUGCUGCAUCCGCGGUGGUCCAGGAUAAUAGAGAGCCCGAGUCGCCAGAGUCGCCAUACAUCUUGCAUCCCACAACGAUUGAUUUUAUCCUACAAUUAGCUCUUGUCGCCACCCAUCGAGGUCAGCCGCGGUUUCUGAAACAAGCUGCUUUGCCCACUUUCAUCGAGAAGAUGUACAUCAAGGGAGGCGCAGCUGGAGAGAAUAUUCACGUCAACUCGACUUCCCAGAAACAGAGCAUCCAAGCCCAUGGGGUGGCCUGUAACACCCUCAUUUUCUCGUUGAGAGGACUCGAGUUCUCACCUCUGGAUAGCGAAGAUGAUCAGCGAGAAGACCAGUAUGAAACAGCCCAGCUGGUUUGGAAACCGCAUCUCGAGUUUUCCUCCCCGACAACUCUUAUUAAACCGGCCCAAAAGGCUGAGCUCUCUUCAACAAACCCGUUGAUCGAGCGGAUUUUUCUGCUCUGCGUCAUAGAUGCGAUGGAGGAUAUUAACGACAUCACCCCAGUUCACGCACAUCUGGAUGCGUAUCGUAGGUGGUUGUCUCAACAACUCGUGCAAGCACAGAAGGAGGGCAAUCCGUUAAUACCGGACGCAAAGGACCUAUUCGCCCUUAGCACUGGCGACAGAAAAGAACUAAUCCAAAGCCUAGUCGCAAAUCAUACUGAAGGGACAAUGGUCGCAGGCUCACGCAUCCUAUUCCGGUGUUAUGAACACUUGCCCGACAUCUUUAAGGGCAAGACUGACCCUCUCGAACUGAUGCGACGAGAUGGUCUGCUCGGCCAAUACUAUGACUGCCUGCAAGACAAGCAUGAAUAUGACGGUUUCCUGCAGCUUUUGGGUCAUCUGCGGCCACAUAUGAAUGUCCUGGAAAUUGGCGCAGGCACCGGAGGCCUGACAGCAAAGAUACUCGAUUUUCUGCACUCUGAGUCUGGCGAGGAGCUCUACAGGGAGUACACCUACACCGAUGUCUCGUCGGGCUUUUUCGUCAAUGCCAAAGAAAGGUUUCAUGACCGUCCUCGAAUCCGCUACGACGUACUGGACAUUUCCCAAGAUCCCAUCAAGCAGGGCUUCCCUGCAGCGCAUUACGAUCUUAUCAUUGCCUCUAAUGUCCUGCACGCAACACCCCAUCUGACCGAGACUCUUAAACAUACCAAGACCUUGCUCAAGCCAGAUGGCCGCCUCCUGUUGCAAGAGCUCUGUCCCGUCUCGAAAUGGACAAACUUUAUCUUUGGGUUGUUCUCGGGCUGGUGGCUGGGCAAAGACGAUGGUCGUGCUGACGAGCCCUAUAUCAGUCCCGAAGAGUGGGACGCCAGGCUACGUGACGCGGGUUUCGCAGGCGUCGAUGCCUCCGCUCUCGAUGCCGAAUAUCCAUAUCAGCUUAACGCCAUGCUGGUUGCGAGACCUGCUCCUCCAGACUUUUACCCGAAGAGGGUGACACUUCUGUCUAUGUGCCCUUCCCAUGCAGGAGUGAAGAGUUUACACCAGCAGCUAAACUCUGACGGAUACCAGGUGGAUCUCGUCAGCUGKGGAGAGAAAUUGCCAGCGAGCCAAGAUAUCGUCUCUUUGCUCGACCUUGAAGUCCCAUUCUUCGAUGAUAUUACCAAAGAAAAUCUCGCGCUCUUUCUACAAACAGUCAAAGAUCACUCCACGUCCAACUUCCUGUGGGUAACCCAUGCAGCACAGAUAACACCACAAGAUCCACGAUUCGCCCAAGUGCUGGGCAUGGCGCGGACACUGCGUUCUGAGCUAGGCAUUUCAUUUGCUACUUUGGAAAUGCAAGACUUUGGGCCAGGUUCCAUGGAAGCGAUCUGCCUUCUCCUGCGCGAAAUCCAGCGACGCACGGCGGAACCAACAGAGGCUUCUGAAUUCGACCCAGACCAAGAAUAUGCUUGGACCAAUGGUGUCAUCCAUGUUAGCCGCAUGCAUUGGCUCUCCAUUCCUGAAGCCCUAACCCAUCACGGUGGGGGCUUUUCGAGAGCUUCCUUGGAGAUAGGCCGACCGGGAUUGCUCAACACGCUCCGUUGGGCCCCCCAGCCAAAGAAGCCGCUGCAGCCCGAUGAAGUACGGGUCAAGACCAUGUCAGUCAGCAUGAACUUUCGCGAGCUUCUUGUGGCCAUGGGAGUGGUUCCCAAUGAGGGCCAGGAAGUGGUGGGUACUGACAGUGCUGGUAUCGUGACAGCAGUCGGAGCCAACGUCACCAACGUAUCGGUGGGCGAUCGAGUCAUGGCUAUCAGCGUUGCGGAAACCAGCUAUACAACCGAGUUGCAGCUCUCCAGCCAGCUCUGUGCUCGAAUCCCGGAUGAUUGCAGCUUUCAAGAUGCAAGCACACUGCCCACCGUAUAUCUUACCGUGCUGAGAACCCUGCGAGAAAAGGCAAAUCUCCGAGGAGAUCAGAGAGUUCUCAUUCAUAGUGCCGCUGGAGGGGUGGGCAUCGCAGCCAUCCAUUAUGCGAAAUGGGCUGGUGCGAAGAUCUACGCGACAGUCAGCUCACCAGAAAAGACGGCGUUUUUGGUUGAGAAGAUGGGCGUGCCGAAAGAAAACAUCUUCUACUCUCGGGACAGUACCUUCCUGGACGCAGUUAUGAGGUCAACAGAUGGUCGGGGAGUCGACGUGGUGCUCAACUCGCUCUCAGGUGAGCUGUUGCAUGCCUCCUGGCAAUGUGUCGCGGAAGGAGGAAGCAUGAUCGAGAUCGGUAAACGAGACCUUCUCGGCCGGGCGCAACUGGCGAUGAGCCCGUUCUUGGCCAACCGGUCGUAUAUCGGGGUGGAUAUUGCAACUCUCCCGUUGAUAGAGCCCACUUGGGUUCAACAACACUUGGUCACAAUUGUGGACCUGUACAGCCAGGGCAUUAUACAUCCCGUCCGCCCGAUUACAACGUUUCCCGCCAACCAAGUCGAAGACGCCUUCCGGCACCUGCAAAAGGGACAACACAUCGGCAAACUCUGUAUCCAAUUCUCGGACUCGCCAGACCUUCGACUGGUCCCGAGGGUUGCGGAAUUAGAAUUGCGAGCGGACAGAGCCUACCUCCUUGUGGGUGGAAUGCGCGGCAUUGGUGCUUCGAUCGCAAGAUGGAUGGUAUCCCAUGGAGCCAAGAACCUGGUAUUUCUUUCUCGCUCGGCGGGGGAAAAGGAGGAGGACAGGGCAUUGGUCUGCGAAUUGUCCGAGAUGGGAUGCCAGGCCCUAACCUUUGCCGGUGAUGUUGCCGACCUAGCGACUGUUCAACGCGUUGUCUCGAGCAUCGCAAUGCCGAUCGCCGGGGUCAUCCAGCUGGCCAUGGUGCUUGCGGACACUGGAGUGAUGGAUAUGGAUAUAGGAAAAUGGAACGCAGCCGUCAGACCCAAGGUCAAUGGAACCUGGAACCUGCAUGAAGCUCUACCAACCGAUCUCGAUUUCUUUGUCAUGGCCUCGUCUCUGUCCGGUAUAUUCGGGAACUACGGCCAAUCCAACUACGCAGCCGCAAACGCUUUUCUGGACGCUUUUGCCCAGUUCCGCCAAUCAAGGGGGCUUGCUGCAUCAACCGUGGACCUCGGUGUCGUGGACGAGAUUGGGUGGGUCAGUCGAAAUGCAUCCGUCCACCGUAAAGUGGUGCAGCAGAUGAGUACCACGAUCUCAGAAGAGAGCUUGUUGAACUGUUUCCAUUUGGCAAUCAUCCGCUCCUGUCCUUCGAGUGGCCUCUCACAGCCAUUCCAGCCACUUAUGGGUUUCCGAUCACACAACCAGCUACUGCAUGGUCUCCUGUCCAAGACGGGUAUCGCUAAAGGGCAAUAUAUCUGGCAGCGAGAUCCCCGCACCGCUUUGAGUCGCGUUCAUUAUCGGGAAGGGGAGUCCCCUUCUGGCAGUGGCGAGGCUAAAGAUGGUGGGCUAAAGGCCUUUCUUUCCGCCCUCCAGGACAAUCCGGAGGUUCUGCACGACGCAUCGAGCGGUCAAGUUACGGCCAAGGAAAUUGCCCGACAGGUGUCCAUUUAUACGAUGCGAGGCAGCGAGCAGGAGGUAGAUCUGACACUGUCGCUGCAGGAUUUUGGCGUCGACUCCUUGGUCUCAAUCGAACUUCGCAACUGGUGGAAGCAGGCGUUUGGGGCUGACGUGACCGUGCUGCAGCUGAUGAAUAGCGGCAGCUUUCUGGGUCUCGGUCAGAAGGCGGUAGAUCAGCUCAAGCAGAAGUAUUUGAAGGCAUAA